ACGCCCCUCAAUGAAGUCGGACAUCCCCCUACACAACUCAUCUCUGUGCUGCAGUGGGAGACGUUGUGAUGACGUCAGAUGUGGUGCAGGAAGAUGGGGAGCGCGAGAGAUGAGGGACACAUCAACACAGCAGAUCCACCACGGCCAUGAAACGGUAUGAUGACAGAUAGUCACAGCCAGUGUGUUGGUACACUGCCUGAUCUAUCAGGAUGGGGCUCAGGCUCAGCGGCAAGGGACAACAGAGCCACAGGAUGGUAAUCUUGGCGGCCAUCUUUGUCCUGAUGACACUCCUCAUCCUGUAUGGCUCCAACAAUGUCAGCGAUGGCGUCUAUGCUCCCUUCCAUGUGGCCACAAAUCAUGCCCUGGUGACAACAGAUCUGAAGAGGUGGGCUGGCAGAGAGGGAUAUGUGCCGGUCAGCGGAAAUAAGAACAUGUCCCUACGUUGCCAUAACUGUGCAUUGGUGACAAGCUCCAGCCACGUCCUAGGCAGUGGAGCAGGAGAAGAGAUUGACCAUACGGAGUGCGUGAUCCGGAUGAAUGACGCUCCUACGAUGGGGUACGAGACUGAUGUGGGCAACCACACCACCCUGAGGGUUGUGGCUCACUCCAGUGUGUUCAGGGUGGUCCGCAGGCCCAAUGAGUUCCUACACCGGACAGACAGCAACCCUGUGAUCAUCUUCUGGGGACCCCCAAACAAGAUCGGGAAGGAUGCAAAAGGAACCUUGUACAGAUUGAUCCAAAGAGUCAGCAUGACCUACAGCAACUUGUCUUGUUUCAGUGUCACACCCACCAAGAUGCGCAGAUUCGACAAUCUAUUCCAUACGGAGACGGGACGAGAUAGACAAAAAUCUCACUCGUGGUUGAGCACAGGCUGGUUCACCAUGGUCAUAGCCAUUGAGAUUUGUGAUAACAUCAAAGUUUACGGGAUGGUUCCAUCUAAUCACUGCUCAAAAAAACCUGGAUCCAAAAAGAUGCCCUACCACUACUACAAGCCCCGGGGACCAGAUGAAUGUUUAACAUAUCUGCAGAAUGAGAGCGGCCGCAGAGGGAACCACCAUCGCUUCAUUACAGAGAAACAGGUGUUUGCACGCUGGGCAAAGCAGUACAACAUCUCCUUCACUCAUCCCAAAUGGUGAAAAGACUUUUAUGAAAGAGAUCUCUCCGAACGCUUGGAGCGGGAUUUCAGUGCGACUUCCCUCUGAUAAAAAAAAAUCAAAGAGCCAGAUGAUGAAUGACAGCUAUUUUUAGGAUACACUGGUAGGAUGAAGAAGAAGCUUUUGGAGGAGAGCUAUUAUUGGACCAAAGGACUGAGGAGAUGUCUGGGAGUAUUUUCUGUCAAUGAGGUGUGCAGAAUCAGAGAAGUUUCUGAACAAGUAGAUCCCAUGUGGACAAAAGUGUUUUUGUAAACAGAAAAGGAAUGAAUUUAAAGAAGAUUUUUAUAUGUUUUUAAAACUUUUAUUAUGCAUUGAAAAUGCACUUAAGUUCCCAUGUUGUGCGGUGUUGGGGUUACAAGUAUUCUCAUAAGUUAAUAAGAGGGUAAAAAUCACUAUAUUCUAUUUGCUGUACAUUAGCUAUAAGCCAUGUGGCCAGUGCAACAUUUGAGAUUCUGCAUUUACAGAUCGGCAUCGAUAUCACCGUAACACAAUUUGGGCUAACUUAAAAGAUGUUAAAAUGUCCUACUAACAUUUUCCUGCCAUGCAACAGUGUUUAAUAUCUCGGCUGAAGGCAUCUCUGCAAAGACUAAAUCAAAGACUGAAAACUGGCAAAAUUCAGCUUAGAUCACAAGAAAAAGUCUGAUAAGUGAAUGAACGCUGCAAACAAUCUGGAAUGGAAACUUGGUGCUUCAGACAAUUUUUGAUCAGUAUUUCUUUUGAAAGACGUGUGGUGCUCAAAGUUCAGCCAAAUUCAGCAGAAGUCACUUUGAGGUGAGACAGAGAUCGCUAUGAGGAUAAUGCAUGAAAGUAGUUCUAGUGAUUUUCCACUGUUUGUCUUUUGAUUUAUAUUCUUUAUGUUACCUGGACACAUUCAGAAUGCAGAGAUUACAUAGCACCAGCUUUACACUAGAGAUGUAGAUUUAAUAUGAUACAAAAGUUAUUUUCAGUCAGUUCAUGUCAGUCAAAUGGUCAUACCUCUAUUUUGAAGAGAUUAGUUACUUUACUGCACUUGAAUGUUUUCAGGAAAAUUUGAAGAUAUAACGAUUGCAUUGUGAAUUGAAAACUUUUACCUCGGAGGCAUUGUGGCGCAUGCACAUUCAGUUCCAAACGUUUAACGAAUGCAUCAUCAUGUUAGUAAGAUUUAGCUCUCUGGACUGAAGAAGUCAAUUCAAAGUGAAAAUACAAUUUCUGACUUUAAAUGUGGAAAAAGAUGCGUCGUCUUAAACCAUUUUAAACUCUUGCAAGUAUUUACCUUCAGAAGAGGCCUUUCUCUCCAUGUGGGCUGUGUGUUUGAUUCAUGAUCGGGAAACCUGUAUAAUCCCUGUUUUCAAACUGCUUGUUACUAAAUGAAUGAAUGAAAAUGUUGAAACUGACAGUGGUACUAUUGAACAAAGAUGACACUGCAACUCACCACACUGAUAGUCACCACAAAUUCAAUUAUAUAAAAUUCUUAUGUAAUUGAUGU